CAUGGACAUCUUCUGGCUUCAAGAACUCAAUGAGGAGCUCAAAGAAAUGGGGUGUGGGACAGUUGAUGAAAACACUAUGGAAAAAACAGUAGAAGUCUUGGAACGACAGUGCCAUGAAAAUAUGAACCAUGCUAUUGAAACAGAAGAAGGGUUGGGCAUAGAGUAUGAUGAAGAUGUCAUCUGUGAUGUGUGCCGUUCUCCAGACAGUGAAGAAGGGAAUGAUAUGGUGUUCUGUGAUAAGUGUAACAUCUGUGUUCAUCAGGUUAGUGAGACCAAUGAUUCACAACCACACACUGUUGAGAGUUUUCUGAAUUAAAUACAUUGGUAUUUAAGUGGAUUUUUAUGACCUUCA